AUGGCAAUCUCUGAACAUCUGGAAAUCGUGCGCGCCGGCACGAAUGUCCUGAGGGCCUGGCGCGACGAAAAUCCGGAUACCCAGUUGGAUUUGCGGGAAGCGGACCUGCACGGACUGGAUCUUAGCCAGGCGAUGCUGCGCGGCGCAAACCUGCGUGGCGCAAACUUCACCGACGCCCGGCUCAACAAAACUAACCUGGCUCGCACCGAUCUGCGCUCUGCUGACUUUACCGGCGCGGAACUCGGCGGAGCAACCCUGUCGGCGGCCAACAUGAGCGGCGCCAGUCUUUGCAACGUGAACCUUUUCUGGGCUGACCUCAAGCAAUCGGACAUGACUGGCGCGGUGUUGCGCUGGUCCCGGCUGAACCGCGCCUCUUUCCUCGGCACAGAUCUCACUGGCGCUGAUUGCAGUCAAACCACUGCUAUUGAAGUUGACCUGCGGUCGGCGAAUCUGACCAAUUCCAACUGGCAAGGCGCGAAUCUGAACGGCGCAGAUAUCAGCCGCGCCUUGAUGCACGGCGCCGAUUUCACUUCCGCCAAAAUCCGCGAUUCGAUGUGGAUAAUGACCGACCUGCGCGGCGCCAAUUUCGAUCGAGCCAGUCUCCAUCGCUGCGAUAUGACGAUGGGAAAAUGGGACGACACCACCAAUUUCCCGCCCGGUUUUGACCCCAUGUUAAUCGAGAACCGCGUGGACGACUACUAG